CGGGGCCAUGUCCGGUGUCGCUGCCGCUUCCUCGGCGGGCGAUUCGAAGGCGAUGUUGGGGGCCGGCGCCUCGGCGGGCGGGCAGGACCCGCUGUCGCUGUGCCCGGCGCUGGAGCAGUCGCUGUCGCUGCUGGAGCCGGGCGCCGGCCGGGCGGAGCGGGAGCGGGCGGACGAGGCGCCCAUGCCCAUGGUGUUCCUGUGCGCCGGCUGCCGGCGGCCCCUGGGCGACACGUCCAGCUGGGUGUCCAACGACGAGGAGAGCAGCUGAAUCCUGCUGCGCAGUGCGGCCGCCAGCGUCGCCGUGGAGCCGGAGCGGAAGAUCUCCAACCUGCCCGGCGAGUGCGGAUGCUUAGUAGAAACCUUUUUCUACUCUGGCUGCUCAAAGACACUCGGCAGCACCUACAGGUGCACCUCGAGGAGCCUCGACUACAAGAGAGAUUUGUUCUGUUUCACUAUUGACUCCAUUGAAAGGCACCCCGGGAAAGCAAGCUGUCAUCCAUGAGGAACCACUCACUCUGGAACGUCAAGCUGUCUUGGAGGAGGUGCUGGAAAGGGUGGACAUGCUGUUCGAGGCUCUGGAGACAAGGCUGAGCACUGUGGAGUGGCGUGUGGCUGCUCUGCAAAGGCAGGUCUGACAGGAAACCUGCUGAGCUGCAGGAGAAGGGCAGAGGUGAAGGUUGGCCCUGCCAUCCUCUGGGAUCCCUGGGAGCUUUGCAGAGACUGUGGAAGAGCUGGAAGCCGUGGGUGGCCUGUGUGGGGGGAGCAGUGCUGACCGAGGCUGUGUCCCAGCCAAGGAGUUCCUCUGAUGUCCCUCAAGAGGAAACCCCAGGGGUUUUUCCUUAAUAAACACUUCUGAUCAGACGAUCUGUAGACUGCUGGUUUAAUGUAAAUACUUAUUUAAAUUUUUGUCUCUGGAAGCAAAACAUUGAUCUCCUGACUUCCCUGCUCUUCAGUAUCUACUGAGCUGGGUGUGCAUUUUCCUAAGCUGAUGAAAAGCCUCCCUGUGCUUCUGUGAUUUCCAAAGGAACAGCAUUAAGUUUUUCUUGUCUCCAUUGCUGUAGCCUGACUUGUGCUCAAAGACAGGAAUGAUUCAAUAACUAUAUGUGGUGAAUUGUUAGUUUGGCAGGGGUUUUUUGCAAGUUCAGGGCUAAAAUGUCACGUAACAAAAGGCUUUUUUUGCAGUAUAAGAUUUUUGCAGCAUUGCAGCUUUUCAGGCUUUCCAAGUCACCUCAUUCUGAUUUAAACUCUCUUGAAAUAUGCUUAAUAUGUUGGGGUUUUUUCAUUGUUAUUGUUGUUGGUGGGGUUUUUUUUGUGUUUUGGUUUUUUUUAAUUUGGUUUUCUUUUUUGCCUGGC